AUUGAAGAUUUCAUUAUUUUAAUUUUUUAGUAUCCGGGUGAUAUUGUUCAAUUUGAAUUAGAUUAAUUCGAUGAUGUCCAUCUCCAAAAUUUAGCAGGAAAUAAUAAAUGUAUUAAUUGAUUGAUUAGCGCCAUUUCGGUUAAUAGUUGAUAGUUAUUUGUCCAUUCAUAUAUUUGACCCAUGCAUUUAUACCCACUCUGCCCCUCGCACCACCUUUUUAAGGACUUUUCAAAGUGCAUAAUUUCGACAUUAACUCCAAAAUUGAUUCUCAAUGAAAUGAAGGUCAUGCACUGCAAAAGAAAUUCUUAACUUUUGGCGAGUUAACGUUGAUUCUAAACGUGGAUUUCAACGUGAAAUGGAAAAAUGAGGGUUUGAUUUCGUGUCUUACAAAAAAUUCCUUUUCUAUAUGCUAAAUUUCUUCGUGAUUUUGAACUUAAACGCAUAGAUAACACUCAGUAAUUAUACAAUUCUUAUCAGGUUGAUGGGAGCCCUGGACGCAAGGCUUUCAUUAAUUGAAAUUCUAAUAAAAAUGAAUGCUCAAAUAAAAAUCUUUUAUCGAUUUGAGUCUCAUUCCGUAAAGCAAAAAUAUCACGUAAAAUUUUAGCCUUAUUUGUGUUUGAUACUUUGAUUUUUUAUUUUAUCAUUGUAGUUUUGUUAUCGGACGUCCCCGAAGGUACGCCGUAGAUUUGUAGUUGUGUUAUACCCAGCGGCGGAUCCAGAACUGAUUAGAGCACUUGGCCGCAUUUAAAAAGCGAUGGAGAAGGAUGGGCCGUAACCCAAUAAACACUGAAUAUAUAUAUCCAAAAUCGAAAAUUACAAAUACUAUACGAGUUUUGGAUCCGGGGAGGGCUAGGCCGUGGCUCGGGCGGCUCCUAAUCCGCCGCUGGUUAUACCGUCAGUUAAGUUCGAGACAAUACCGCCAAAUCGUAACAGAAUAAAGUGAUAAAGACAGGCCCAUCGGAAACAAGCGAGAGAAAGGGACAAAACGAAGAAGAAAAAAAAAGGCCAACUCAUUCAAACAACACUGCCAAAGCUUCCCCUGCUACAGCUACCGUAAAUCCGUUUCACCCUAAUGCCAAGAGUUAAUUAAUAAUAAUUUGUUUAUUUUUCAAAAAUAAGCAAACAGACAAAUUAAAGUUGGAAAAAGAAGAAAAGAGAAAAAAGAAGAGAACCGUUAACUCCCAUGCAUGCCGCAACGUGUAAUCACCAGGCCGGCCGCUGAGCACCAAAAAACACCACACCACCAACAAAGAGAUUAAUUACCCCGCGCCUAGCUUGCUAAUCAUAACGUCCUAAUUUUAACGUAGAAAAAGAAGGGAAAAAUAAAACGCUUCCCAUGCAUUUAACGUACUUGUUUAAAAAAAACCACUCUCUCCCAUCCGGUCCACCACCCUACUUAAUACUAAUCACCAUUCUUUCGCCAAUGACACCUUGUUAAUGACAAUCAAUUUCAAUUUACUAAUCACCAAUUACCGUCCACUAAUUACUUCCCCUUCCCUAUCAUUUUUCAUGUGUGCCCUCUCAACGGUAAGAAAUUCGCCACCUCCCCACUUUCACUAUAUAUAUAUAUAUUCACCCUCAACCCUUACAAAAACAUAAAAUCAAUCAUCAAAGAUCAAACCCUAAACCCAUUCUCGAUCUCGCUUUCUCUAUCCAUCUCCAUAAUCAACUAGAGAGCUCUAGCUAGCCAUGGGUUUCGUGGCAGUCGUUUCCACCAUGAUCAUGACGGCGUCGUUUCUUCUCGGCGUCACGGAAGCUUUCCAGUUCCCCGUCGGCGGCAAACAAGGCUGGGUCGCCGAGCCCAAGGAGAGAUACGGCCAUUGGGCCGAGCGCCUCCGUUUCCAAGUCAACGACACGCUCUAUUUCAAGUACGAGAAGGGAAGGGACUCGGUGCUGGUGGUGAACAAGGGCGAGUACGACAACUGCAACGCCUCCGCGCCGGUCCAGGCGUUCACCGAGGGCAACUCGCUCUUCCGGUUGGACCGGUCCGGCCCGUUCUUCUUCAUCUCGGGAUUCGCUGACCACUGCGCCAAAGGGCAGAAGCUCGUCGUCGUCGUCUUGUCCGAGCACCACCAGAAACCUACCCCAGCUGCUCCGUCGCCGUCUCCCAGCUCCGUCGUCACUCCUCCUCCUCCUCCGCCUCCCGCUGCGGCGGCGUUGCCCCCUACAGUGGAUGCUGUUACGCCUCCUGCCGCGGCGCCGACUCCGGUGGCCAAUAUUAACUCAGGGGCAGGGGUGGCGCUCCGAUUCACGGUUGGGGCUUCGCUUGCAGGAUUAUUGGGGUUGGCUGUGAUGUUCUUUUAAUUCGGUUUGUGGGGGUAAUCUGGAGAUGGAGUUACCAGUGUUGAUUGACUAGCUAUAGGGUGAUGGGAGUUUUUUUUUUUUUUAGUUUAAUUUCUUUUUAACCGUUUUGACUUUAUGAUGUUGGAAGUGGAACUGCUGUAAUUUUUUAUUUUUAUUUUAUGUUAUGGUUUAUUUGAAAACUGAAAUCAAUGUAGUCUAGUGACUCUAGUCUGGUACGAUUGUGGGUUGUUUCCUUCUUUAAUUUAUGUUUCCGUUUGGGAUGGCAGUAGAAUUCAUUUUGCGGGUCGGGUUUGAGUUUAAACCCGCUAUACGUUUUGCGGAUUGGGUUGGGUUUGGGUUUAGCCAUAUUCAACUCGUGGAUACCCACAUCCAAGUCCAUACCCACCACGACCCACGAAACCCGCUAUACGUUCAAUUAAUCAUAUUGUUUGUAGAUGUUUAUCUUUAAUAUUGAACAAUUAGUAUGAAUGAUUUGUGAGUUAGUGUGUAUGUAGUAGACAAUAGUAGUGAAAUCUAGUGUAAUUGCAUCUUUGUACAAGAACUCAUGGGUACCCAUGAACCCGCGGAUACCCGGCGGGUUGGGUUUGAGUUUUCCAAAUCCAGUGGGUUUUACCCCAUUUUUUUGUGUUGAUAAAACCCAUGAGUGGGUUUGACAAUAACCCGCUCCAACCCACCCCAUUGCCAUCCCUACUUGUCUGUGUGGUGGAAAUAUUUGUCAACAUUUUCGGUUUUCAUCUUUAAUUUGUUUGUCUACCUUUGAUAAAAAAAUUUAUAGGAGAAGAAAUUCGUCUUGCGACGGCAAACUCCGGGCCCAUAGAUAUACAGUACUUUUUAAUAUCUUUGGUUAAACAUACCUCAAAAUUUUAAAGUAGAUCAUAAGUUUCUUAGAAAGUACAAAGAUAUCAUAAAACAUAUCACAAUUUUAUUAAAGUAGACUAUAAAUUUGUUGAAACACAUUAUAAAUCUCAUAAAAACAAACCACGAGUUUAUUAAAGUAUCAUCCAAAAUCUAACACCCCAACCUAAGUACCUGUAAGAAACAAGGAUCUAGGCCCGUACGGUUAGGGAUUGAGAGCUAGGAAAAAAGGGGAUAUAAUUAGAGAUUUGAUUGAGGAAGAAGAGGAUCGAGAAGAAUAAGAAAAUUCGGCCGACCCUAGGGUGAACGGGGCCGACAGUUUGGGAGAGAAAAAGAGAGAAAAUUAUGGGAAAGACUAGGGAUUAGGGAAUAAAUAUUUGCAAGGAAUUCUUUCCAAAGGAUCCAUCCAUGUUGCAAGGAAAAAGAGAAGAAUUUGGCUAAGUGUUCAACCCGUUUCAUGGUGCUUACUUUGGAGGCUCAUAUCUUACAUCCUAGUCGAUGGACAUGCAAGAGAAAGGUUGGAAAGUGAAGUACAAGAGUUUGUCUACAACUCUGAAUGGUUGGUUUCUCAAUUACAAGCCAUUAAGUGCAUGAACAAGGGGUCGAAGUUACUCUGAAGAAACUGAGAAAUUGACUGAUUUUUGGCUAAGUCUGAAGACAGUUCGUGUAACACCCUACCCUAUACGUUUUGCCUAAUCAUAUUAUUCAUACAUUUGCAGCGGAAAUAAUCUUGGGUGUUACAUUAAUUACCAAAAUUUACCCAAAUAAAAUUUCGACAUGAAU